AUGGCUGCUCAGCCUCAGCGUCCCGAUCCUGGCGCCUCCGAGCUCGACGACGUCCCAGAUCCAAAGGGCCACCCCAUCAUCUCAAACCUGGGCAACUUCACCGCGGGGCUCUUCGCCCCCAUCCCCGAGUCCGAGACCUUUGUCGACCCCGCCGACGCCACGAAGCUCGAUGGCCUCCAGAGGAAGCUCCAGGCUAUGGAUGCUCACGCCGUGGCUAACCGCGACAACUUCCUCGACCUCUGCGUUCGCGAGCGCGAGCGCAUCAAGCAGGAGGGCCGUCGUCUCGAGGCCCUUGGGCAAAGGACGGGUCAGACGCCUCCAGACGCUCCUCGCCCUGGGAUCCUCCACGGUAUGAUCGCCAACAUGGAGGCUGAGCCACUCCCCGGUGCCGACGUCGAGAUCAAGACCAUCCCCAAGCCCAACUUUAUGAACCAGAACCGGCCGGUGCGCGAGCGCCAGGCCAUUCAGCUCCUCGACUUUGCGGGCUUCGCGGCGGAUCUAGCAGAGACGCGCGAGAUCGACCUUGCCAAGCGACGUGAAGAGCUCGAGGCUGAGAUCAGGGCUGAGCAGACAAGGGAAAGCCAGGCGCGUGCGGCCGAGUAG